UCGAUGGGAGGGAGAGAGGAAGGGCGGAGGAAAAAUUGUAUCCAUAUUUUUCCUGCCCGUGACGUAACGGUCUGGUCCUGGGUGCCUUGCUUUCGGUCCCGUCUUAUCAGAAAGCAGUUGGUUGUGCAUGGAACAACAUCACAGAAAGAACUGUAGCAAGUGAUAGUGUAGCUACCCGAUUUCUUUACACAAGAAGUCCUCAAGCUGCGCUUUCGUUUUCUAGCUUGCAUUCUUCCACUCCGCUCUCUUAUCUUGUCCGACAUAUCAGUGAGAACUGUUCUACGGCUUGAAGAAUAGAAAACGUAGAGAAACGCCGAUUAGAAUAAGGCUGGGAAGGAGAAGGAGCGAAAGAGCGAGGAAAAGAGAGGUCACAGUGCCCCGUCUGAAUUUACACCGGCACCGUGAAGAUGCAGAGAAUACCGGAGGUGUUGAUUUUGGUGGCUUUGGGGCUGUGCUUUGCUCACACCGGCAAAGUGAACAAACACAAGCCGUGGAUCGAGACGUCCUACCACGGUGUGAUCACAGAGAACACUGACGUUGUGCUGCUGGACCCCCCCCUGGUGGCCCUGGACAAGGACGCCCCCGUCCCCUACGCAGGUGAGAUCUGUGCGUUCAAGAUCCACGGGCUGGAGGCCCCGUUUGAGGCGGUGGUGCUGAACGGGACGUCGGGUGAGGGCCAACUGAGGGCCCGGGGUCUGGUGGACUGUGAGCUCCAGAAGGAAUACACCUUCAUCAUCCAGGCCCACGACUGUGGCGCCGGGCCGGGGGGCUCUGGGGGCAAGAAGUCCCACAAGGCUGUGGUGCACAUCCAGGUGAACGAUGUGAACGAGUUCCCCCCCAUGUUCCGGGAGCCCCAGUACCGGGCGGCCGUGACGGAGGGCAAGAUCUACGACAGCAUCGUCCAGGUGGAAGCCACCGACCAGGACUGCUCGCCCCAGUACAGCCAGAUCUGCAACUACCACAUCACCACCUCGGACACACCCUUCGCCAUCGACCGCAAUGGUAACAUCAGGAACACAGAGAAGCUGAUCUACGACAGGCAGCAGCAGUAUGAGAUCCAGGUCACGGCGCUGGACUGCGGUCAGAAGGCGGCGGCCCAGAGCGUGCCUGUCCACAUCGACGUCAAGCCCGUCUGCAAACCUGGCUGGCAGGGCUGGAACAAGCGGGUGGACUACGAACCAGGGACGGGCAGCAAGCAGCUGUUUCCCAAGAUGCACCUGGAGACGUGCGGCGGGCCCCUGUCUUCCGUGAGGACCAUGGUGGAGCUCCAGACCAGUCACAUCGGCAAGGGCUGCGACCGCGAGACCUACUCCGAGAAGUCCCUGCAGAAACUGUGCGGAGCCUCCUCUGGCAGUACCGACCUUCUCCCCGCCCCCAGCGCCUCUACCAAUUGGACGAUGUCCCUGGUGACAGACAGCGGGCGGGACAGUGACUUGAUCUUCCGCUUUGACGGGCGCCAGGCAGCCAAGAUCCCAGACCAGGUGGUGCCCCAGAACCUGACGGACCAGUUCACCAUCGCCACGUGGAUGAAGCACGGCCCCACCCCAGGCCUGAGGGCCGAGAAGGAGACCCUUCUCUGUAACUCUGACAAGACUGAGAUGAACCGUCACCACUACUCCCUCUACGUCCACAACUGUCGCUUGGUCUUCCUGCUCCGGAGAGACUUCACCCAGGUGGACACCUUCAGACCAGCCGAGUUCCACUGGAAACUGGAACAGGCAGAGAUAUUGCAGGAGGAAAACACGGUGACAGAAUAG